AUGAUGGGUCAAAAUCAAAUAGGAUCUGAACUGAUUACAUCGAAUUCUCGACAGACGUCAACUGAUCAACCAACUUUAUUAAUAAAAUGUUUCAAAAAAAAGAAAUUUUUAUGGAUUACUAUUGGUAUUAUCGUUGUUAUUUUGAUUGUAACUAUUCCAAUCGUGAUUAUUAAAUCAAAAACAGCAGACAUAACAAAACUAUCAAAUGCGACAACAGAAACAAUAAACAUGAUAAACCUAUCAACCGUGACAUCAGAAACAACAAUGAUAAGGAAACAACCAACUGUUAUAACAAAAACAACAAUUCAAAAAUCUACAACAACAACAUAUAAUCCAACGACAGAAGAUUUUGAUUUAAUGUCAAAUCCUUUGUGUUCACUUUUAGUACAAAGCAAACCAGAAUCUGACAAAUGGAAACAACAUGGAAUUACUGUUGCUGGAAAAGGUGGACAAGGAAAUAGCUUAAGUCAACUCUCUGUACCUCAGGGGAUGUAUAUUGAUGAUGAUGAAAGCAUUUUGAUUGCUGAUACUGGAAAUUAUCGUAUUGUUAAAUGGAAAGAUGAUCCUAACAAUGGUCAAGUCAUUGUAGGUGGAAUGGGAAUGGGUGACAGACAGGAUCAGCUCAGCGUACCAUUCGACGUAACUGUUGACAAACAAAAGAAUGCGAUAAUCAUAUGUGAUCAUGGGAACCGAAGAGUAAUGCGAUUAUUUCAUCAAAGUCAAACAAAUCCACAAAUUCUCAUCUCUAAUAUUGCAUGUGGCGGUCUGGCAAUGGACAAAAAUGGGUCUCUUUAUGUUUCUGAUAUGUACAAGGCUGAAGUGAUACGGUGGAAAGAAGGAGACACAUAUGGAACAAUAGUUGCAGGUGGAAAUAAUGAAGGAAAUCAUUCCAGUCAACUCAAUCGACCUCGUCAUAUCUUUGUCGAUGAGGAUUAUGCUGUUUAUGUAGCGGAUACUCAAAAUCAUCGUAUAAUGAAAUGGAAAAAAGAUGCAAAAGAAGGAAUUGUUGUUGCUGGCGGAAAUGGAUAUGGAAAUCAUCUCAACCAAUUAUCUCUGCCUUAUGCAGUGAUUGUUGAUAAUUCGAGUCAAAUAAUUAUUGCAGACUCUGCAAAUGAUCGAGUGAUGCAUUGGCUUGAAGGAAAUACACAUGGUUCAAUUGUUGUUGGUGAAAAUGGUAAAGGGGAAGAAGCAGAUCAAUUACAUUAUCCGAUGGAUCUCUCAUUUGAUGUUGAAGGAAAUCUUUACAUUCUUGAUUCUUAUAAUCAUCGAAUUCAAAAAUAUGAACUAUGUAUGGAAUAA